UUUGAGGUCAAAGCCACGGCCGGAGACACUCACCUGGGCGGGGAAGACUUUGACAACCGCAUGGUCAACCACUUUGUGGAGGAAUUCAAGAGGAAACACAAGAAGGACAUCAGCCAGAACAAGAGAGCCUUGAGGAGGCUGCGCACAGCUUGUGAGAGGGCCAAGAGAACCCUGUCCUCUAGCUCCCAGGCCAGCAUCGAGAUUGAUUCUCUGUUUGAGGGCAUCGACUUCUACACCUCCAUCACUCCCCAAAAUCCAGAAACUGCUGCAGGAUUUCUUCAAUGGCAGGGAGCUGAACAAGAGCAUCAACCCUGAUGAGGCGGUGGCUUACGGUGCCGCCGUCCAGGCCGCCAUUCUCACGGGCGACACCUCUGGCAACGUUCAGGACCUGCUGCUGCUGGACGUGGCGCCUCUGUCCCUGGGUAUCGAGACCGCUACGAAGGGGAAAGGGCCAUGACCAAAGACAACAACCUGCUGGGCAAGUUCGAGCUGACUGGAAUCCCGCCCGCUCCACGAGGGGUCCCGCAGAUCGAGGUCACCUUCGACGUGGACGCCAACGGCAUUUUGAACGUGUCUGCGGUGGACAAAAGCACCGGCAAAGAGAACAAGAUCACCAUCACCAACGAUAAGGGCCGUCUCAGCAAAGAAGAGAUCGAGAGGAUGGUGCAGGACGCCGACAGAUACAAAGCCGAGGACGACCUUCAGAGGGAGAAGAUCGCUGCCAAGAACUCCCUGGAGUCCUACGCCUUCAACAUGAAGAGCAGUGUGCAGGACGAGAACCUGAAGGGCAAAAUCAGUGCGGAGGACCAGAAGAAGGUGGUUGAGAAGUGUGACGAGACCAUCGGCUGGCUGGAGAACAACCAGCUGGCUGAUAAAGAGGAGUACCAACACCAGCAGAAAGAGCUGGAGAAAGUGUGUAACCCCGUCAUCAGCAAGUUGUAUCAGGGAGGAAUGCCCACCAGUAGCUGUAGAGAGCAGGCACGAGCCGGCUCCCAGGGGCCCACCAUUGAGGAGGUGGACUAAAGUGGCCCUUCAUAUGGACUCUAUGACUACUGGGACUAUUUAACCUUCACCUGUAACUUCCUGCCCUGUGUUCAUAUGUUUGCUCCCUUUUUUUUAAUAUAAUGAAUACGUUGUAAUUUUAAUAUAAUGAAUACGUUGUAAGAUGCAAAUCUUUUAUGUUUUUGUUAGUUGGACUCUAUGAUCCUUAUAUUUUAGAUUAUGUCGGUGUAUAUAUGAUGUGACAACAAUGAAGACAUUUUGAGAAAUGGUUCUUUAAUAUGUUUAAAUGUUGCAUUGCUGGACUUUGCAAUAAAGAUGAUGGUGAAUAAAGUUAAA